GAAAAUGUUAUUCUUCAACACCGGAAUAAUUAAAAGACAUCAGAACGCUGAUCAUGAAUGAUGGUAUAAAAAUUGUCACCUUCGGGCUAUAAAAUACAAUGUAAACCCGUCAAUUUGUUUCGUCCUUAAUGAUUGAGUGCUCUAAUCCAAUGCUUAUAACUUCGACGGGAUUAAAAGUUGGCGAUAUCACAGGAUUUUGCCAUUUUACGUGUGCACCCAAAGUAGAUUUAAGCAGUUAAUUAUCAAAAUACCACACACAGGACGUAAUGAUGAAUGCCUCAUACGAAGAUUUAUCUCGAAGAACAAGUCGAUACAGUAAUGGUGAAACCAAAGCUUUCAAAGAGUUGUUGGCGGGAAAGACAUCGCAUGUGAACGAGGCUCUUCACGCUGUAGUCGAGAAUAAACUGCAUCAAACUGCAUUGUCGGAGAGCAACAACAGUGUGUUAGAAAGAAACCGAGCUCUACUUCAAUAUAUUGCGACAUUGGCAGGUUCAAACAAGAAGAAUGACCACUUUAACUAUGAGUUUGUGGAAUCUCUGAUUAAAGGUGGCGCUGAUAUCAACAUUGCUGACCAACACGGACAGUCAAUGUUUCAUGAGGUAGCACGUUCUUGGAAUAUAGAUGUGGCAAAGUUUCUCCUAGAACAAGGUGGAAACAUAAACAUACAAGACAGCUUUGGUCGAACACCUUUACACGUCGCUGUGUCAGUGGACUUUGCUGAAAUGGCAGGAUAUCUGUUGGAAAAUCAUGCAGAUAUUGAUGCAAGAACGUUAGGGGAGUUACAAGCUCCAAUUCAUUACGCUGCAAAGAAUGGUGCAGAAAAGUCACUCAAACUCUUAUUAGGAUAUCACGCAAAUAUUGACUCCCUUGACUACAGACAGCGUACACCACUACAGCUGGCAGCAGAGUGGUCGCGUGAAAAGACGGCCAAAGUAUUGAUAGACGAAGGUGCUUCCUCUUGUCUUCUCGACACUUCUGGGAAUUCUGCCUUAUCAGUUCUUAUCGAUCGAAUACCACAACUCUCGCUGGAAGCUCUCAAUCAGCUCCACAGUACAGAUCUGAUUACAAUGAAAGAGUUUUACCACAUCAACUUCCUAGAGGCAUCUCGCAUAAAAGUUGAAACAAAGAAAGCUCGAACUCCGCUUGAAACUGCUGUUGUCACAAGAAAGUUUGAAGUGGUGUCCCAUCCAGUUAUACAGCGUUUGAUUCAUAACAAAUGGAUAUAUUUUGGUAGAACGGCGACGAUUUUGGAUUUAUGUUUCUAUAUCUUGUUCAACGUUUUGUGGACAGCGAUGUCGAUGUUAACUCCUGUUACUGGUCAGGAAUUAUACGAGCCAUUAAGUGAUAACGCUUGGCGAGUAGUACUUUUGCUUGUUAUUGUUAUCAUGAUUAUUUACCAAUUUGGAAGACAAGUUAGAGCAACUCUGAAAAACGUUAGAGCGAAAACCCACUGGAUCAAAUGGCAGACUGAGAAACUUCAAGAAGACCUAAAGUACUGUCAUCCACGCUGGCCUCAAGAGUCGAAAGCCAUAGAACACGAAAUAAAAAGAGUGAAUAAACUGAAAGGAUUCAGUGCAGAGGACUUGUGGUUCUACUACGACUGGAUUGUGUUGGUCGUUAUGAUUGUUGCACUUUCUAUGCAUGUUGCCUUCUACAAAACUGACAACUAUGACACCAAAUAUGUGUACACACGGAUUCUGAGCAUUGCCAAUCUUAUUGUUUCCCUCCGUUUGCUUGAAACUAUGAGACCAUUCCCAGGCAUUGGGACCCUUGUCAUAAUCCUUGGUGAAACAAGUGGUGAUUUCAUUAACUGGGCGUUCUUGUUUUUCCUUCUCCUUAUUCCAUUUACCGCAGCAUUUUGGAUCAUUUUUGGCGGCCUGUCAUUCAAACCUGUCGAAAAUUAUCACGAAACAGGAGACUUACUGUAUUCAGUAUUCAGGAUGGCCGUUGGUGAUGACUUUAAUUUGGAAGGACUGGUUGAAGCGGAACCCGUUAUGGCUCGUAUUCUUACAUGUCUGUAUGUCACUGCGAUGACUAUCGUAACACUCAACUUAUUAAUUGCGUUAUUAUCGGAUACUUUCACACGAGUUUAUGGUAAUGCGAUAGCGAACACACUCAUGCAGAGAGCCAUCAAAGUAAUCGAAGCCGAACGAGCUUUAACAAAGAAAAAGAAACAAGGAUAUCGGGAGUACAUAAGGAUGAACUGUAGUCCAGAAAUCAUUGACAGUGUUGUCAAUGCUGCUGACCCAGAAAGUUUUGCAAGCUCAAAAGAACUGACCACCAACCUGAGCACAAUGAAACAAAUCCUUGAUGAUAGGUUUGCAAAAGUUUACGGAAUGAACAAAGUCUCAGAUUUUGACAAAGUAAAAAAUGAUAUAAACAAGAUACGCCAGCGUCAGAAUGAGGACUACGAUAACCUUACAGCAAUACAAAGAUUGUUAAAACACGCAAAAGGAGGUGGUCGUGGACCGGCCCCUAGUUCCUCCUCAUCAAAGAAGAAAAAAGAUACGAAAGUGCAAAUUCCUGGUCUAAGUUUGUUAAGAGAAAACAUUCAUUGGUUUUCAAGCGAGGAUGAAAAUAAAGACAAACGACAAAGAAAGGCAACACAAAGAGAUGAAAAACAGAAAAAACGUCGACACAAAAGAAAAGAUGAAGCUCGCGAAAAAAGUGAAAGUCCAGAGACUGCUAUCGUUCCUUAUGGUACCGUACAAUCCAGGGUCACUAGAGGAAAUAUUGAUAAUAUGAAUGUCAAUAACUCAAAUGAUGAUGAAGGAUGGGAUACAGUUAGCAUUGAUAGUGUUACUUUGUAGACUUUCUGUGUAUUGAUAUUCAAUGUUAGUUCAGUUCCUUGCAUGAAAGAAAGCAUUAGGGUUUUUCUAUGAAUUAGUCUUACAAAAGACGUUUCGAAUUUGAUUAGAAGGAGAAUAGUUAUUGUUAUUAAUUUCAUCUGGAGCAGAACCUUCAUUUUCAUGCAAUUAUAUAAUGUCAUUCCCUGCCUUCAUUGUACACGACGAGUUCAAAACUGAUGCUUACUCGUAUGCAAGCUCUUCGCUCAACUACUGCAAUUGUACAGAAAUUGCCCGAGGAUCAUCAUCAAAUAAUCAAAACAAAAAACAAUGCUCCCUUUGCCUUUUGGGAGUUAAUUCGUAUUCUAAUCGUGCGAGAGAUGAGUGAAGUAAAAGUGUGGACUGUGGUCAACUGCGUCUUAAUUACAAGAAAAUUAAUGUGGCAAAUUUCCAUAUGAAUAGGCAUCAGUUUAUUUAACUCACCUUGUACGGAGUGUAUAAGAAAACUUUAGGAACAUUAUACAGUGGCGUAGCCAGCAUUGAUAAUUGUGGGGGGUCAUAUUGAGUCUCAUUUAUUCAUGAUAAUAGCCAGUAAAGACAAUCCAAUUCAAAAGAAAUUAAUAACUUCUUAUUAACCGAGCGCGAGGUGUUUACCGAGAAAUAUUGGACCAAGGUCUUUGUACAAAAAGAUCGAGCCUGAAGUUAAUUCGUGAUUUUGAUGAUGGUCGCGCCAUUAAGUACAUUUGCCAGAAUAAUUCAUGACUGGAAUUGGAAAGAAUGACAAGUCAGAGAGGUUUACGUCAAAAUAUCUCAACUAUACAUGAUGCUGGAGAAUGUCAAUUCGAUUGAAUGUCCAUCUAGGCCCUAGCGCAUGAAUAAAUUCGAUAUAAGAAAAAUUGUAUACUUGUAGUUUAAAUAUAUAGAUAUUGUAAAAUUUAUAUGCUUUCAAAUACAGUUUUAUC